UCAGGACAGCAUUAUGUUCUGGUUGAUACGGUUCGCUUUACUUCUCGCGGUUUUUGCUCAGUUAAAACUGUCCCUUGGAAGACGUGAUUUUUCCGUUGUAUUCGAUGCAUGCGAAGUACUGGAAACCACGAAAUUUUGCGACAUGAACUGUUCCAUCUCCGACAGUAAGAGAGUAACCUAUUAUUGGAACAUCUUAGAAAGGGCAUCAAAAUAUGGUUUUGGAAUAAAAAUGUUUGGAAAAACUUCAGGAUUAAAGGAACAUGUUAAAAUUUUCGAACAUUCAGUGGACGAUAUUUGCCCGCUAUUGUCCAAGUCGAAAUCCGGGAAUAUAUUUCUGCUUAUACUGGACGAACUAAAAAAAUAUGCGAAACUUCCCAAAUGUCCUGUUGAGAAGGAUACCUAUCAUUUGAAAGACUAUUCCUUCCCUGCUGAGAGACUACCAGCGUAUGCCCCGGAAGGUGAAUUUUUAUUAAUUUUUGAUGCAUUUGGGUAUGCAAUGAACGGCACCUAUCACAAAUUUGCAUCUUAUUCACUAAAGUGCAGCAUACAGUCCAAAUUGAAUCCCUUUAGGAACAAGAAAGGAGCCUAGGUUGAAAAGUAAAAUAGAUGACCACAGAAGUUACUUGCUCUGUUUUACAAUUUAUGGGAGUG